UCUGUGUCUGAGCCUAUUUUAAGCCUCUGUUUACUAUAAAUAUAUUGGAUAUAAAGAAUUGUGUCGCGAUAGUUUAUAUUUAUUAGCAAAUUAUGUAUUUUCACAACUGCCUUAUUUAUUCGUUAACCUAAGGUACAAAAAUAUUAAAGUUGUAAAUUAUGAAAGUUGUAUAUGAUUUUAAGUAGUGUUGUGAAUAAGCACGGACAAAUCGUUUGUGUAAUUCUUAUUUACGAAUAAAUAUCAUAAUGAGAAGAAAUACUAUUCUUAAGUUACGAAAGCGAAAGAAAAUAACAAAAUUCCUCACUUCAUUGUUUACAUAACGAAUGGAGAGAAGUAUUAUAUAUCCGCACGCUGCCACCUUAUUUGCUGCUAUUUGUGCAAGUAUUUUCACUGUAAUUGGAAUUUUUGGCAACUUAAUUACAAUCAUUGCAUUACUGAAAUGCCCUAAAAUAAGAGGACAUGCGACCACAGCCUUUAUUUUGUCCCUCAGUGUAUCGGAUCUUCUAUUUUGUUCCAUUAGUUUACCUUUAACCGCUGUGAGAUACUAUGAAGAAAAGUGGACUUUUGGAGAAACGCUUUGUAAAAUAUUUCCAAUAAUAUUUUAUGGCAACGUUGCUGUAUCCCUUUUAAGCAUGGUUGGAAUCACAUUGAAUAGAUACAUUCUGAUUGCCUGCCAUUUGUUAUACGUGCAAAUAUAUAAACGGAGUUAUAUCUUACUACAACUUGUAUUUAUCUGGUCAGCGUCAUUUUUAAUGCUCCUGCCACCUAUUUUGGGAAUUUGGGGAGCGAUGGGACUUGACGAAGCCACAUUUUCCUGUACUAUUUUAAAGAAGAAUGGAAAGUCGAUCAAAAAAACUUUGUUUCUGAUUGGAUUUCUUUUGCCAUGCAUAGUUAUAAUAGUUUCAUAUUCCUGCAUUUAUUUAACGGUUUUACGGCAAAAAAGAAAAAUGGACACACAUAGAAAUUACAAAGUUUCACCAAACGAAUCAGUAUUGACUGCUCGAAAGCACAACGAAGAUAACAGGUUAACAGUAAUGAUGGUUACCAUAUUCGGUUGCUUUCUUUGUUGUUUUUUACCAUUAAUGCUGGCUAAUGUAGUGGACGAUGAAAGGAAAACUAAUUAUCCUUGGUUUCACAUUAUAGCAUCGGUAAUGGCAUGGGCUUCGAGUGUUAUUAAUCCGAUUAUUUAUGCAGCAAGCAACAGGAAUUAUAGGAUAGCAUAUUACAACACCCUAAAGCAUUUAAAAUUCUGGGGCAAACCGUUGACAUCAAUUCAUAGCAGAAGUAUCCACCCAAGCAAGAAUGAGGAUUACACCGGACCAAUCAGAAGUAUACCUUUGUUCCAAGUUGCUAGUAAUAAUUUGUGCCAAACAUACUCAGUUUAGUAAUUAAAAACAAUUUUAUAGUAUUAUAUGCAUAAUUAUAAAGUACAAUAAAAAAACAUUUUUGAUGAAUUUUGUCCUAAA